AUGGAGGAUUUCAUAGAUAUGAUCGUAAGCACAAUUCUCGUUGAUGAUGAUCCACAAGUGUCAAGUAACGCCCAACAAAACUGUGAUGGCGAUGGGAAUCGCUCGACAGAGAGAUUCAGGCGCCGACUGCAAUGGCAUCGACGAGUUUUGAACAACGAACGUGCGGGGUACAUGCUGAACUUCGCAGUUAUUUUGACGAGCUUAUUGUCUGCCAUGUAUAGUUCUCCCGUAACUAUUUGGAGGAGAGAACGGAGCAGCCAGUGGUGGGAAGUGGAUGCCCUCAUCCAGUUUACUGACCAGAAGUGGUACGAGAACUUCCGAAUGACAAGGGCAGCCUUCCAACUGCUAUGCAACCAGCUGCAUCCUCAUCUUGUCAGGCAGGUUUCAAGAAUGAGGCAACCGGUAUGUGUUGUCAAGCUUCUAGCACUAACCUUGUACCGUUUGGCAACUGGGGAGUCAUUCCGCACCAUCAGCAACUUGUUUGGUGUUGGACGGACAACUGCAUAUGAUGGAUUUUGGGAUGUGUGCAAUGCUUUGAACAGCCACUUAAAGAAACUGUAUGUCAAGAGACCUAAAGGUGAGGCUGUCAACCGGAUGAUAAAUGUGUUUGAGACGAAAUAUGGCUUCCCGAUGUGUGGAGGAGCAAUUGAUGGCACCCACAUUCCCAUCAUUGCACCUGAUCAGUACCACACAGAUUACUUUAAUCGAAAGGGUUGGUACAGCGUGUUACUUCAAGGCCUUGUAGACCACAACUUCAAAUUUAUGGACUUUGAUGUAGGACAGCCUGGAAAGUGUCAUGACUCGUGGGUAUUUCAGUCCUCAAAACUGCACUUGAAACUUGUGAAUGGCACGUUUUAUCCAAGGCUCACAAGAGCAAUUGAGGGCCAAGAUAUACCCAUCGUUAUUCUUGGAGAUUCCGCCUAUACUUUGUCACCAUUCUUGAUGAAACCCUACCCAGAAGGACUAGCAACUGCAGAAGAACUUCGCUUCAAUGUACGCCUCAGCCGAGCACGCAUUUUGGUCGAGCAUGCAUUUGGUCGGCUGAAGGGGCGAUGGCGCUGUAUCAUGAAGCGCAAUGACUCUCAUGCGAAGAACAUUCAUGUUUUAGUUUCAGCAUGCAUUGUCCUGCAUAACUUCUGUGAAACGUGGAAGCAAGAGAAUGAAGACAUGCACAUCAGAGAUGAGCCACAAGAUGAUGAUCCAUUUGAGCAUCAAGCUGACCAUGCACAGAAUAUUGCCGAGGAUGGAGAACAGUUCCGUGCAGCACUUGCACGAUACUUCACAAGUCAGCAUUGAAAAGAUGUACAUGUAGCUUCAAGUCAAGAUUCAUGUCAGUAGUGAAUUCUGCAGGAAUUGAAGACUGCAUCCCCAACCCUAAUAUUCCUCUUUUUAUUAUUAUUUUUUCUGAAGUAAAUGUGAUGCCAAUCAAUAACAGCAUAACAAAUAAUGCGCCCACCCUUCUUGGAUCUGCCACUGCAUUUUUUUCGCAAACAAGUUUUCUGUCCUAAUUGGCCUCUUUGCAAAUGCUCAAUAAUUUUUAUUUUGUGUAAAGAUGAAAACUGAAGAAAAAAGAAUACACAAAGUUUGAAUCCCAGCUGUUUAUAUUUCAUAACCUGUGGUAAAGACACAUUGAGAAAUAAACAUGUACAUGUACAUAUACUUUUAUUGUGCGAAUAUUGCAAUACAUGUAUAAACUGGAUAAAGUUUCUCUUUUCUUACACUAGUUACAGACUUCUUAAAAUGAUGUGCUUUUAAUAAAACAAACUUGGAGUUUU